GAGUGUUGUCGAUACGCAGUCCAGUGGACUGGGUGGAUCUCGUACACCUUCAAAGCCGCUACAACACAGUCCAAUGGUGGAGGAGCAAAGAUAUUUGGGAGAGUACAUUUACCUUCUACUGAUAUGUUACAUUAAUCAUAGUUAUUCUUACUAGGUGCUGGUAAGAGUCACGCUUUGUGAUGAGGAAUUCAAAGGAACAGUAACGGCAAUGCGUAUUUCUUCAUUAUGCAGCAGUGAAGAAACACAAAGGCAUGUUUGGAGAAAGAUAGCACCAACUAAGAAUGUAACUUUAGUUGCCGACUUCCGUUCCAUUCUCCCAGUGUAUCCAAGCUUGACGCAAGGUUUUUGAAAAUCACCUUGAAGCGAGAGUAAAUUAUUUGGCGGUGUCGUCCGUGUUAGGUGGCAAUACCGCGAGAGCAAUACAUUCUUCAGCAGUAAGAUCGACGAGCACAGAUAAUUAUUCUAUUGUUUGUGGCCAGUCGUAUAGGGGUUAUAAAAUAUGCGUGCGUUUUGGUCAUGGUUUCCAGUACCAACUCGAUAACAGAUGAGCGCGGAGAUCCGAAUAACAUAAAUUAUAACCAUUUCAAAUAUACAAGAUCAUUCGAGAUAGUUACAUUAGAGUUAGAUUAGAGCAUUGGAGUACACAUUAGACUUAUCUGCAACCAAAGUUCUCCGAGCCGAUAAAGUGACAAAAAACAUUGAAAGCCGUUUUAGCAGUUUUACAAUGGCACGAGAUAGUCAAGUAGUAGGAGCUAUUAUUGUGAUUGUGUUCAACGUGUUUGUGUCUUGUACUGCAAGCAUCAAAUAUAGUACAGCUUCUGAUAACGAUCGCCUAAAAGUAAAGGAUACUCAAACUGCCGGGUCGAACUUAUGGUCGCCUGCAUCCGAGUAUUAUGACGAUCGCAACACUGGAGGGCUCAAAAAAGAUUUUAUUUCCAGUUACGAAGACAAAUAUCAAAACAACAAUCAAUUUGGGAACAAACUCAGGCUAGGAUUCUGUGCGCCUACUGAUAGAUAUACCCUAUUCAGCGGAAGUUAUUAUACAACUGGUGGGUCCUACGAUCGUAGACCGUUCUAUGGUCCAAUAAACUACGGUCCAUAUGAUUCCGAGAGUCCUUACGAGUACGGGCAUCAAGCUCAUGGAUAUGCUUUUAAUUAUCCACAAGGAGAAAAUGACCUUACCAGGUCGGUGUUGUUACCACUGGCCGGAGCUGCACUAUUAGGAGUUGCGGCCGCUCUAGUCACAAAUCCUGUGCUGCUACAUUUGGGUGUUACAGCUGGCAAGCGAAAACGUAGAGAUACAUUGUCGACAAACGCACAUGAUCUUGCAUAUCGCGCAAAAGCCCAACACAUGUUUGCAUUAAGAAAAUGAUCAUUGAUAAUAAUUGAUACUACGACUCUCAGAAUUAUAUGAAUGUAAUAAAUAGAUGGGGAAUACACAAUUAUUGCAGCAUAAAAUUGAAACAGAUUGAUCCCGUUCAAGUCGCACGGUUCUGAUAGUCUUGCGCAAUUUACACACGUUUGUGUUGGUAGUUUGUUUUCGUUUAGAAUUAUGUCGAAUUUGCAAUAAAUUUUGUAUUAGUGCAUUGUA